UUGUUGAAUAGGCGCAAAAUCGCUCUGUGCACACAUCCUACUCAGGCGAGAGAGCGAGAAGUUAAAUGUUGCGGUUGAACACGUUGACACACGACUGUCUCUGUUCGAGGAGCUCCACUUCGUUAGUCGGACAAACAAACCUCGAGCCCUCCGCUUCACUAGUCUCGCCCCGCGUCGCGGACAAUGCUGAAGCAAGUGGCGGCUAACGCUCGCUAGCUCGACUCCUUCACCAGCGAUGUCCGCUCUCCCGCAGAAUAACCUGCAGGAGCAGCUGGCGAGGCACAGCAGCAGCGCUCCGAGCAGGCUGUCUCUGGCCAAACCCAAACCGGGGGCCUUUUCUUUCAAGAAGAAGUCCUCGUCGGGUACGACAAAGGUGGAAGUCCAAACAAAGGUAAACUGCUCAAAUGCUUUGGCAAACAUAGAUGUUAAUGUCUCUAAGAAGAACAGUUUGGUGACUAAAUCUCUUUUGGGAUUUUCGAACAAGCUUGAGAGACCGCAAAAAAUCAACAACUUCUUCCCUGUAACUUCAAAAGGCAAGUCGGACUCUGUCAGCUCAGCAGGUACCUGUGCUCCCUCAGCCCACGCUCGUUCAGCAGUGUCUACCGCUCCAGCUAAACAUGAGAGCCAGUCCACUUGUGGAAAUGGCACCGCCACGAGUCUGGAUGCAUCUCUUGGAUUCCCGAUGGACGAGUGGGAUGAUUUUGAUGACUUUGAAACUCCCGUCAAAGCAAAAAAUGACUCCUUCAGUUCAGAAACAUUGGGGAACAGUACCAAGCCGGUCUCCCCCCCUGUCGGAGAAAAAAAUGGAUUCACGGGGAAACUAAACCUUGACGCCUCUGUGAUGACGCCAGACUUGAGCAAGAAGAAUGGUCUUUGUAUGGAAACUGAUGAGCUGGAACACGGUGUCAACAAGGCCGCAGUUUCACCAGCAGAGCUUUUCCUGGAUGAUUCCCCCGUUAAGCCUAGACAACGUCCUCACGCUCACCUGAAGUCUGUCAUGAGCGACAGUGACGAUGACAACGAUGUUGUGUUUGAGCCUUUUGGAGAAAAGACAGAUGAUAAGAAAAAAACAAUUGACCCCACAGUAAUAGAGCUCGAUGAAUACUCGGAGCCUGAGGAUGACAAGGACUACAUUCCCCCUUCACCACCUCCAGAUGUGAUCUCUUAUACGGCUUCUGUAGUGGAGACGAGAUCUAAAAUGACUGACGCUAAAAGCAGGGGCAGCCAAGUACACGCCAAGGGACCCAUCACUGCUCCGCGUGAACCUUUGGUUCAACACUCAAAAGACAAAAUAAACGAGGAGCUUUUCAGUAUCAUGGAUUCCAUCUGCUCUCUGGUUGAUUCCAUCCCUGAAUAUGAACUAAUAGGUCUGUGUUGUGGAAGUGAGCUUUUACUGAAAAGGGCUCAAAGGAAGAGGAUUCUUGCGACUGGUGGCGAUGCUCUGUUCAGGAUGCAGCAGCCAGACAGCACUGUGAUUUCUGAACCCAGCUUAAAAUACAAUUCCUCCGUUGGCUGUGACAUGUCCAGUGUCUUGUCUUCUAGCAGCUCCGUCCCCGUGGACCCAAAAAAACCUCCUCACAUCAGGAGGUCAUCAGUAAUCCCUAUGAACUAUGACUCUCAUCCCUCUGACAGUAUUAUUGACGCGGAGCCCUUGCACAGUAAAGACAGCAGGACAUUACACGUGGAGUAUGAGAGUGUAUGUGACUCUCCAUCACCUCACAACCUCACGGAAUCAUCUUUUAAUUUCUCAAAGAAGCCGAGCACGAACCUGGAUGGCUCAGAUCUCUUCUUCUCACCCAAGAAGCAAGAGGCGAUUUCGCGGAACAAAACAACCGCCGCAGCGACAGAAGACACAGGACCGGACGACUUUGACAUAGACGACUUUGACAUAGACGACUUUAAUGACUCGGACAUCCCCGAUUACUUUGAUGAACCCUCGACUUUGUCUCUGUCUGGACAAAACUCAAGCACUGUGUCCACAACGGUGAGAGAGGGGGGGCCGAGCAAGUCUCUGUGGGAGAAGAAACCAACAACACCUGCGUCUGCGCCCAAGCCUCCAAAGAUCUGCUCCCCUGAGCCCACCUUCAGAAACCCAGCCCACGAUCGAUUCCGAGGGUUCAACUUCCCCCACUCCCAGGAGAUGAUGAAGAUCUUCCACAAGCGUUUUGGUCUGCAUCAGUUCAGGUUCAAUCAACUGGAAGCCAUUAAUGCGACGCUUCAGGGAGAAGACUCGUUCAUCUUGAUGCCCACAGGUGGCGGUAAGAGUUUGUGUUACCAGCUGCCGGCCUGCUUGUCAUCAGGAGUCACCGUCGUUAUCUCGCCACUGAAAUCGCUCAUUGUCGACCAGGUGCAGAAACUCACUACGCUGGAUAUUCCAGCAACAAGUUUGUCUGGUGAUAAAAGUGACAGUGAAGCGGGGAGGAUUUACAUGCAGCUCUCCAGGAAAGACCCCAUCGUUAAACUUCUCUACGUCACACCGGAAAAGGUGAGUGCCAGUCACAAGCUGAUCUCCGCCCUGCACAACCUGUACGAGCGAGGCCUACUAGCCCGGUUCGUCAUAGACGAGGCACACUGCGUCAGUCAGUGGGGCCACGAUUUCCGUCCGGACUACAAGCGGUUGCACGAACUGCGGCAGAAGUUCCCUAAUGUGCGGAUGAUGGCUCUGACGGCCACUGCCACGCCUCGUGUCCAGAAAGAUAUCCUCAACCAGCUGAACAUGACUCAGCCGCAGGUGUUCACCAUGAGUUUCAACCGGACCAACCUGAAGUAUUCUGUGCUGUCCAAGAAACCCAAGAAGGUGGAUGAGGACUGUAUCACCUGGAUCAAGAAGCACUACCCACGUGACUCCGGCAUUGUGUACUGCCUGUCCCGUAACGACUGCGACACCAUGGCCGAGAGCCUCCAGAGAGCAGGGAUAUUAGCACGGUCGUAUCACGCCGGCCUGAGCGACGGCGACAGAGAGUAUGCGCAGACGAAGUGGAUCAAUCAGGACGGCUGCCAGGUCAUCUGUGCCACCAUAGCUUUUGGCAUGGGCAUCGACAAGCCUGACGUGCGCUACGUGAUCCACGCCAGUCUGCCCAAAUCGGUGGAGGGUUACUACCAGGAGUCGGGACGAGCCGGCAGAGACGGAGAGAUCUCUCAUUGCAUACUGUUCUACUCCUACGCCGACGUGCAACGCAUCAAGAGGAUCAUCGGCUUGGACAAAGAAGGUGACAAACACACCAAGGCGACUCAUUUCAACAACCUCCACAGCAUGGUGCACUUCUGCGAGAACAUGAUGGAUUGUAGAAGAAUUCAGCUGCUCGCCUACUUCGGAGAGCUCAACUUCAGCAAGAGCUUCUGUAAAGACCACGCCGACGUGAGCUGCGACAACUGUGCGAAACCCAACCAAUACAAGAUGAGAAAUGUUACCGAAGACGUGACGAAGAUCGUGAGGUUUGUCCAGGAGAACUGCGAGAAAGUCGGAGCGAGGUUCGGCAAGACUGCUCAACAAAACCGGCUGACGCUCAACAUGCUCGUGGAUAUCUUCCUAGGGUCUAAAUCUGCGAAGAUGCAAACUGGAAUGUUUGGGAUGGGAAAAGCCUACUCCAGACAUAACGCCGACCGACUCUUCAAGAAACUGGUCCUGGACAACGUUCUAGUCGAGGACCUGCACAUCACGUACAACGGCCAAGCGGUAUCUUAUACCUCUGCCGGACCAAAGGCCAUGAACGUGCUGUCCGGACACAUGCAGGUGGAGUUCUAUGAGACGGAAAGCGCGUCGAGCAUCAGGAAGCACAAAGCCGCCGUUGCCAAGAACGUCUCGCAGAGAGACGAGAUGGUUCAACAGUGUCUGAAGGAGCUGACCGACCUGUGCAAGCAGCUCGGCAAAGCGUUUGGCAUUCACUACUACAACAUCUUCUCCACCGCUACCUUGAAAAAGAUCGCUGAGAAGCUGUCCUCUGACCCUGAAGUCCUCCUUCAGAUCGACGGUGUGACGGAGGACAAACUGGAGAAAUAUGGAGCUGAGGUCAUUCAAGUCCUACAGAAAUACUCCGAGUGGCAGCUGCCUGCAGGAGAGCAGGCCGACGGUGGUGGGGAACAGUGGAUAGACACGACUCGAGGGCGUGCAAACAUAGAUUACGAUGACGAUGAUGACACAGAGUCCUCCACUUACUUUCGUAAUCAGGGCGCACAGGGACGGAAGAGGAAGAAAGCUCCGUUCUUCCAGUAUUCCAAGAGGAAAGCAUACGGCAAUGCAAGCUCUAACUCCAGGGGUCAAGGCUACAACAGCAAUAAGUCCUGGUCGUCGUCGGCCUCCAGAGGGGGAUCGAGAGCUGCCGGUCGGGGGUCCAGGAGCACCGCAGGAGACGCGUCAGCGGGCAGGAGACCGGGCUUCCUGGCGGCCCCCACCCCUCAAACCAAACAGCGGCCCUUCUUAAAACCAACCUUUUCCCACUUGAGCUGAGGCGUUCCUCAGGGAAACUGCUCAUUCAUAACAUUCUCAAACCAGAUGGUGUCACUAACAGUUGUCAAGGGUCUACCUCUAAUUUCACAACUGAAUCUGUUCUUCACAGUUGUCACGGUGUUGGUCCUGAUUGUAUAUUGAUUGUUGUAAAAUGUUUGUAUUAAAGUUAAAUGGGAUUUUUAAUAACGCUAA